GGAGGAGCAGUCUGUAAGGCAGGGAGGAGACCUGAGUGAAUGCUGCUGCAUCAGAGUUGUGUUUAGAGAAAGGUUUCUGUGCAAGCACCUCUCUUUUGCUUCUGCACUACCUACCGUAAAACCAUAAAGAUGAAGGCCACCCUCUUAUUUCUCAUUGCCCUAACCCCAUUCACUGCCUUGCUUGUCAUCCCUGAAGAAGUUAAAGAAACACAAAAGAUUAAAAUGGAGAUGAGAUCUGAACCAAAUGACUUAAUGCAGGAUGGUUAUUUGUCAGUGUGGUAAGGGACCACGCACAAGAUGUUUUGAAACUUGCCCUUAUCAAAGGGUGGUUCAGUUAUCUUUCUUCCUGACUGCUUUUUGGACCAUUUCCUAAUCUUCCACAGUAUUGGAAAGAAAGCAUUGCCCAUUUUAGAGUUUAAACUUCAGGUAUUUAAAGACCAUAUAUGUGUAUGAAAGGUGUCUGAAAAGGAAGGUGUCCUUGUAAUCUUCACCCGCUUGUAAAACAAUGUGCCACCCAUAAAAUAACCUGCCCUGACUCACAAAGCACACAACAAGCCAAGUGAUCUGAUCAAACCUCAGAAAAUAAUCAGGUGAGUUAUAAGUGUUGCAAUAGGAGCAGAGCAUUUUCAGGUGUUGACUACACAGUAAAUAAAGCUCCUAAAGACCAAAUUUUGCCUGUUUCCUUUUUUCCAUAGAGGAUGCUUUAGUUCUCCCCAGCAGUCUCCACUGUGCCAUACUGAACCAUCCCUUAAGUUUAAUUUUUACAGCAAGUAGUCUCUGAAAACCAAGGUAUGCAUUUCCACUUUUUUUUUCCCCCUUUUCAUCCCCAUUUUAGUGUUUAACUGAAACGCAGACAUUGAGGAUUUUUGGGGAAGAGCUCUGUAUUCAUCCAGUCUAGGACCUGGUUGUGACUCUUAGCUUUUUGGGAAUGGCAGGUAAGCUGACACGUUGUUGGACACAUCCCUGCAUCAGUAGGGGAGGCUGCAAGAAUCUGUCAUGUUUGUGAAUAGACUCUGACAAUUAUGACUAUUAAGUUCAGGUGAAGCUUUACCUAAGACCACCCUUCCCUUCUUUUUGUAGCAUUCAAGGUGCUAAUGUAUGUAUUUUUCUGUUCUUAGUUUUGCCAGGACCCAAGGAUGAGUUCUCAGAAAAAUGCCUUACCUGGUUGUAUUUCUUCAUGUUUUCCUUAGAGCCGUAGUCAUAAGCUUGAAAUUUGUCUGCAUGUUUUAUCUGUUAAUAUUGUAACGAGGACAGAUAAAAUGAAAAUGUUAAGAGACAGAGUACAGGAGUUGUUUUCUUGCAUAUGAAUGAACUCAAGUCUCAGGCAGCAGACAGGAUUCCAGGGAUACUGAGGAGGGAUUGUGGGAUAAGUGGUUCACCACCUUUCCCCUUGCUAACAUUUUCUCUUGAUCUUCAGCCACCACCCUUUUUAUGUUUAGUAAUUACAGCCUUACUGCCCUAUCUUAAUUGGCUCUUUAGUUAGCUAAAGUAGCUCUUUGUGGUGCAGGAGCAUGUCAGAGCUCUCACUAGCCUGGGAUACCUUCUCAAAAUCCUCAACUUUUGUGUGCCUGCUUGGUCUGGUCUGUUCUGCUCACAGGAGUGGCAACGAUAUCAGAGGCUCUGAACUGCAUACAAGAAUAUUGGGAACUGAGUGUGAGUACCUUAGCACUAACCUGGUGUCUUCUGUGAUUUGUCUAAAAGGAAUAUCAAAAUAAUAAAAGAUUAACCUGUCUUACUGAUAAUGUGUGUGGUUUUUUUAAAUCUAAACUUCUAAGUAACUGAGGAUAUGAUAGAACUCUGCUAGCUCAUCUCUAUUUUCUGUCUCUGGGUUCUGGGUUUCUGGUACGAGGAAUUUUAGGCAGGGGAUGUACAGCAGCACACAUGUAUUUUAGGGCUGGCUUAAGUGGCACAGUUCACUUAGAGUUCACUUAAGUUCACAGCUCACAUAGAGUUCACUUAAGUUUGCUGUUCACAUGGAGUGAUGUGUUUCUGAGCCAAUGCUAUCUUGCCCUCGUCUGAUUUGGAGCCUAGGCAGAACAGGCUAGAGGUCUGAAAGUGGCAUAAGGUACCAGCAGAAGAGGCAGUUCCCCAUUUUGCCAUUGUGCCAGCAGAACCCUUUGUGCAGUAAACUGGCUUUUGGAGGUAAUCUGCAAUUAACCCUCUGGGAGACCAUCUUUAACCUAGAUCACUUCCUUGUCUGGUUUUCCCUGACUGUAAAGUUCUCACUUAUCCCACCUGCCAAGUGCCUAGAUUGUGCUUGUGUUCCCUUCUGCAGCUUUCUGCACACAUCUCCAUAAAUAAAGAUGAAGGCUGGAGACCAUGAGAGGCGUGAUGUGCCCUGAGGAAAUCUCAGAGCCUGGUGCCAAAGGGGAAAUUCAGGGAAUGAUCUGAUGAGCCAUGAGGAGCAGGACUCCCUCUGUGACAGGUUGUAGUUUAUAAAUUCCAACAAGCUGGUCAGUAGAUGCAGGAGGAUGUGGAUAUCUUGGGAUCUUGAUGUGAAGAAGAUCUUAAUGAAAUACUGCUUAGGAAGACCUUUUCACCUUUGAGGUGUUACUUGCUCUUCCAUGUCCUUACUCCAACGUCAUGUUCACCACAUGCUUGAAGACCAGUCUGUCGUGAGGAUCCCAGAGAGUCUGUCACAGGUAAAUGGAGGAUGUUGUUGCAGAAAUGACAAAGGAAAAUGCUUCUGUGUUGUAACUUGUUCCAUCAGUCUCCCCCCAUCUGCCAGGCAGCUUAUAACAACGAUUUCAACAAAGUUCAUCUCCUUUUGGAGAGCAACAGCAACUGUUUGAAUGUCCAGGACAGCUUCCUUGGAGACACCCCCUUAAUUUGUGCAUGUAGACAAGGAAACAACAGGAUAGUUAACUAUCUUCUGAGGAAACAUGCUGAUGUCAACCUCAGAAAUAAGAAGGACUGCACUUGCCUCCAUUAUGCUGUGAGGAAACGGUUCACCUUCCUUGACUAUGUGCUCAUCAUAAUCCUCAUGCCAGUUAUGUUAAUUGGAUACCUUCUCAUGGUCUCAAAGACAAAACAGAAUGAACACCUGGUCAAGAUGUUGCUUAGAGCUGGAGUCGAUGUGAAUGCUGCUGACUCUUCUGGCAGCACAGCCCUUCACUAUGCUUGUGAAAUGAAAAACCAGGCAGUCAUUCCUCUGCUGCUUGAAGCCCAUGCAGACACUUCUGUAAAGAAUCGGGAUGGGGAGACUCCCUUAGAUAUAGCAAGAAGAUUACAGUUCCACAACAUUGAAAGAAUGAUAAGAAAAGAUUCUUAGCCAUCAAGGACUCUCAAACAUGCAGAAAAUUACCUCAUCUGGCAAUCCACCUUUCACAACAGCAGAAGUGCUGCAGAGGAUGAGGGCUGACACUUCAUAAAGACUCAGUCCACCCAUUCCAUCCAAAGACUCACAUCCACCCAUUCCUUGCUGCAGACUUGUUUGUGUGAGAUUUAUCAGUACCCCAAGGCCAUGAAGUUAAUUUUAUUUUACCAAGCCAUAAAUUACUACAAUAGUGUUCAAAAUAUUGCCCUUUCCAUCUGCUUCAUCAGUUUUAUUAUUUGACUUCUGCAGACUGUGGAUUUUGAAAGGUAGCUAUAAAAUAUCUGGAAGCCUAAACAUUGCAUAUGAUGGUUGGCAGCCAAUGCAAAAAUAAAAUUUCCUUUAGAGCAUGUGCUACUUGUUCCAUAGGGGAACUAAAUAAUGUGCUACAGCAGUUAUAAAAGGUUUGGUACCCUUCUUCUUAGUAUUUAUCUUCCCAAUGGGAGGGGCUGGGAAAAUAGAUCUCUCAGUUGAGCCCUUCCUCCUUCCAUCCUUCCUACAAUUUGCACACACCUUAAUUCUCACUGUGUUUCUACAAAGGUGGGACUUGGGUUUCAUCUAAGAAACAGCAAAAAGAGAUUCAAUGCCUUGCUGGAUUGAGAAAGAAAGUCAAUUCCCAGAUCACUUUAAUGCAUUAAGAAAUAGUAAAGAAAAUAUGUUUGGCUCAGUAGAGAAACUGGUCUCUUGACUACCUUUCCAAUAUAAACAGUGUACUAAAGAAAAAAAAGAGUCAAUAAAUGAAAUGCUGUUGAUGGAAACCAGAUGUAUCAUUCCCAUGGGACUAGGCAGGAUAGCCUGCUGUACAGAGUGGUGCAUGCAGCAGGGGAUAAUACCAAUCAUAAUAAUAAUAAUAAUACAUCCAUGAGUCUUCUCUUGCAUAAGUGAAGGCAGAAGAAAACCUGCAGUAAUAAGUAAUGUAUUAAAGUGGUCCAGUGCUUUGUGAUUUAAUAAAGCAGCAAUA